CUUUCCCCCCCUUCCAGUCCGGACACUUUCCCCCCCUUCCAGUCCGGACACUUUCCCCCCCUUCCAGUCCGGACACUUUCCCCCCCUUCCAGUCCGGACACUUUCCCCCCCCUUCCAGUCCGGACACUUUCACCCCCUUCCAGUCCGGACACUUUCACCCCCUUCCAGUCCGGACACUUUCCCCCCCUUCCAUCCGGACACUUUCACCUCCUUCCAGUCCGGACACUUUCACCCCCUUCCAGUCCGGACACUUUCCCCCCCCUUCCAGUCCGGACACUUUCCCCCCCUUCCAGUCCGGACACUUUCCCCCCC